UUUAUGUGCAUUAGUAUCCCCAAAAGGUUUUCCAAGGCAGAAAGCCAGAAAGUGAUCUCGAAUUCUAUCAACGGCGAUGGCGGACAGAGGUUCUGAGUCGAAGAAAUCUCAUCCAGAGGAUGCAAAAUCCCCGAACUUGAUUGAAAGAGGCAAGGAAGAGAUCAAGGCAACGAUUGGCACCGAAAAAUCACCUAGCCAUGACAAGGAAACACAUGGAACGAGCAACGACAUUAAUGAAGACACGCCAAUCGAUUCCGUCAAAGGACCGGGCGUCCUUGAAAGAGCAAAGGAAGAGAUUGAAGCUAUAGGCGAAGCUAUUGUAGAAGCAAUUCACCCUAAGAAGUAAAAUCUCGAGUGGUAGCCACUUGUUGUAACUAUUUAUGCCAUAAGGAUCGCUAGUUAAUCGUUUCAUCUUCUAUUAGUAUGAUCAUUUGAGCAAAGUUGUCUUGUCCCUUUGCCAACUAAGCUACACGCCCGAGGGUUCUAUAGUAUCAAUCAUUGAUGAUCAAUUUUUUCACAAUUAAAGGAAAUCAACUCGGUUUGUUGUUUUA